UCAAAAUGGCAACCACCCUUAUGUGUUGUUGCGAUACUGUUAAAUAAAUUCAGUAAGUUAUCUGUUGUGACAGAGGUGAAGCGGCUUCGGACAUAUUGUGGAUGUGUGGACAAUACAUUUCAAGGGCAGUUUCGCUGAAAAUUCAUGUGUCAUCGACCAUAACGGACACUGGUGAAAUUGCGUAUCUCUUUCAACGAAACAUCUCAGAGUCGUAGUUAUGUCAGACUAAAGCCCAGACGUGGCGCCUCUGGCAAGGAAUUGUUGCGGGAUCAUGGAGAGCGACUGUCGGAUCCCGACGACAUGUUGUAGGCCCAGGAUUCUGGUCCUCCACGCACUUUUCUGGGGGCUUGUGUCUCUCAGGGUGUUUGGGGCUUCCAUCCUCUCAAAGGAUGAAAAACCACCAGUGACCAGGCCCAUCACUACUCCUUGUUGGCAGAUAGAAGAAUUUGUGGUGGCCACAGAGUGUUCCCAAUGCAAUGCAUUUCAGACGAAGACAUUGCCCGAGUGCAGUCUGACCGGAUACGUGGAGCGGAUCAAUUGUACCAAGACCAGCAAAGAAGUCCAUAAGAGCUGUCGUUCCACCCUUUUGGAGGAGCAUCUCUUCUGGAAGUUUGAAGGAGCCAUGUUGGGCCUCACUGUUCUCUUUGCUCUUGUGGUGGUUGCCAGGCAACGGUCUUUGGACCGCUUGGCGUCAGAGAAGGUCCGCCGGCAGAUAGAGUCCAUCUAGCACCUGGACAGGAGCCGUGGGGUCACAUCCUCCUGCCUUGGUCCAACAGGGGAACCCACUUUCCAGAGCCAUACUAUGCUGAAUAAUUCAAUGAGAUUGAGACACAAGAGGCCAAGCUCGCCCGCCCAAACAAGAAGCUGGCUUGUCUGACCUGAACUGACUCCGCUGUUCUGGCCACAGGCUCAUAUUGAGCAUGAUUUUGACUUGAAUGAUCUUUGAUUGCAUCAGAACUGAACUCGGGUCAGACCAGACAAAGAAACUCUCCAAUGGUCAGCAGCUUGUUAUUCACCGUCCAGGUUUCUGGACAUAUCAAGACAUAUCAAAACAAACAGCAAACCCCUUUGAUGUUUUAUGCAAUCUGUGCUCAACCGGUGGUUUGACCUCAUUAUUUAGAGAUGUUAUUGGUGCAGUGAGUUUGCAAAAACCAUGGGAAGGAGUUAACAUUGAGGACACUGAAGUUAAUUAAGGGGACUUUUAUUUACUCAUGAAUGUGAGCCACUGAGAUCAUUGUGAAAGAAAUGGACCUCUAACUACAAGCAACCAGUACCUUGGACUUUUCAAAGCACAGUAGGCAUAUUGGAAGUGCUCAGAGCGGAGACAGUAUUUUGGAUUAUGUGAACUGCCGGGGGUCUUAAAGAUCAUUUAAAAUUUUAAAAUACAAGUUAGGUUAAAACACUAUAAAGUGUAAUAAGUACGAAUAAGAGUCCUGCAAGACAUUUCAUGUGAAAAGUGUUGCUCACCUCUCCAGAUUAGCCUUAUUUUUAUUCUGGCAUCUUGUGUGUGUGUGAUUUUUGUAGUCUUGCGCUUGUAGUGUGAUUCAUCUUAAGUAGCAUACAUGUAGCCUUAAGGCAUGGUAGCAUUAGCUCCAACCUGACAUCACUUGUUUGUGGACUUGUGGAUGAUGGAUGGACGAUGUCUCUAAUAUUUAUGCUAUUUACGGUGAAUCUCUGUGCUGUUCUUAAACACCUUCACCAGAGUUUUGGACUAGGUGCGGCAACCACAAUCCUGAUUGAAAGGUAGACAGUAUUAUCGUCCUCAUUUGAUAAUUGUUUUGAUAUUCAUGAAUUGGAUUAUUUCUGCAUGCAGUUGACUCUGUGAUAAAAGUAGUCUUUUUCCCAUAAUACUUAAAAACGGUAUUUUUAAGCAUUCUGAAUAUCAUGGGGGCAUUUUAUUUUUAUUCUCUUGUACCAGCCUUAGGGUAGACUGUUUUAAUUAAUCUCUGUAAAUUAACUGACUUAAACGUUGUCAUCUUCUCGUCUGUAGCGGAGGUGACUUUGCCAGAGGGUGAAAUAACAUCCCGUAAAUGACAGUGGGGGGGAGGCGGGGGGGAUUCUGCCAGGCGCCAUGACUCAGAUCAUAGAACAUGACGACAAACCCAACAUCCAGGUGUAAUCAGCCUAAAAUAAGCCUUCAUAUUUCCGCACACAUGAGCUAACUCUUCAUGUCUUCUAAUAUUUAAAAAUUUUUGUGUGUAUCCUGGUAUUUGUUACGCACAGGGUUGUUGUUGUUUUUUUUGUUUUGAGAAAGGGUUGUCUUUGAUUUCAAAUUUCCUGUCACUUUACUUAAUGGGGCAAUGCAGUUCAAGCUUAGAGGUCCAACUACAACAGUUCCUAAUUUGCUAGUAAUGAUUGUGAGGGCUGAUGUCUCAAUUUGUUCCACAUUAAUUAACCUUGAAUUAUUUCUGAUCUGUAGACUGGGAGAGCAUGCAUGCAGGAAGGUUGAGCAUGCAUACGUGUGUGAGCAAGAGAGUGUGUGUGUGUGUGUGGUUGUGUGUGUGUGGGAGUGCAUCACUUUUAUUCCACCUGAAACUAUUGUUUUAUUCACAGCUAAGAAUAAGAAGGGAACUAGAUGACAUGGGAGGGUGUGUGUGUGUGUGUGUGUGUGUGAGGGAGGGAUGGAUGGAUGGAUGUGUGUGUGUGUGUGUGUGUGUUGGGGGGGGGGGGGGGGUAGAUGACAUGAUAUACUCCAAAACUGUAUUUGACUAACAAUUUUACUGAUUAAUUCCCCCACAUUACUGUAAAUACUGUAUUUUUAUCAGAUGUAACAUAUGUUUCCUAUUGCCUGCAGCAGACUGGCUCUAUGCUGUAAUAAAAGAAAAUGGGAAAACA